GAGGAGGGUUCUGAGCUCACAAAGUAUUAAUUCCUCUUUUACUAAGGAGGGGAGCAUGUGGACAGAUAAGGUGCUCAGCUGCCGGCAUGCUUUGCUGAGGCAGUCUUCGGCCUCCAUCCCAGGGCCUGUCACUCCAGCCUGGCUUUCACGCCAGAAUCGGCAGCUGCCGCCCAGAUCUGGGAACUUUGCUCUGAGGAAUAUCUUCUCCCUGGGGAAGGCGUCAGGAACAGAGCAGGUCUUCUCCCCUUGCCCUCCCCCCCAAUACACACCUUCCUUUGACAACAACUGGAAGAUCAGCAGAGAAAAGGGUGCCAGUUAAUUUCAUUUUAUGCUUGGCCAUUCCGAACCGCUUCCCUGUGUAUCUUUGGAGAUGGGGGAAACAAUGCAAGAGGGACUAGGAAGCAGUAGGCCACUGAGUCCCUCCUGCUCAGAUGACGCUCCAAGCACCCCUCCGGUACCCCCCCUGCCUUUCCCUGCUGUGAUCGGAGGAGGGCAGCUGGGAUCUGAUGAUGAGGAACAAGAGGACCCCCGAGAUUACUGCCGAGGUGGGUAUUACCCGGUAAAGAUUGGGGACCUGUUCAACGGGCGCUACCAUGUGGUGCGGAAACUCGGCUGGGGGCACUUUUCGACUGUCUGGCUUUGUUGGGACAUUCAGCGGAAGCGUUUUGUGGCCCUCAAAGUGGUGAAGAGCGCUGUGCACUAUACAGAGACGGCCGUGGAUGAGAUAAAGCUGCUGAAAUGUGUGCGAGACUCUGAUCCCUGUGACCCCAAGCGUGAGAACAUUGUCCAAUUGAUUGAUGACUUCAAGAUCUCGGGAAUCAAUGGUGUCCAUGUCUGCAUGGUCCUUGAGGUUUUAGGACACCAGCUAUUGAAAUGGAUCAUCAAGUCCAACUACCAGGGACUUCCUAUACCCUGCGUCAAGAGCAUCCUACGCCAGGUAUUGCAGGGCCUCGACUACCUCCACACGAAGUGCAAAAUAAUCCACACAGACAUAAAGCCAGAGAACAUCCUGCUGUGUGUAGAUGAGAGUUACGUGCGGCGCCUGGCAGCUGAGGCCACUGUCUGGCAGCAAGGUGGGGGCCCGCCCCCCUCUGGCUCUGCAGUCAGCUCUGCACCCCAGGAGAGCCUGUUGCACGCCCUUCAUGCCUUGUGUGUGUUCUCCGGAGUUCAUGCUUCUGCCACCGAGCACACCCUUGUUUCUAAUGGGAAGCUUUCGAAGAACAAGCGGAAGAAACUGAAGAGGAAGCAGAAACGACAAAGUCAGCUCCUCGCAGAACGGCUCCGGGACCUUCAGCAGCUGGAGGAACUGGCGACCCUGGCAGCAGGAGAUGCCAGCGAGCCAACAGCAGAUCCAGACCUGCCUGGCGGAGCCCCCAUCAUGGUCUCCACAGCUGGGGGGACAGAGCCCUCAGGGGGCUCUCUCGCUUGCAGCCCCCAGAGUCUGACAUCGUCUUCUGGUUUCUACACACACAAUGCCUAUGACAGCUGCAACGGGCACUCUCCACCAGGCGCAGCCAGCCGCCAUUUCAGCCCUGACUCGGCAACCUCCGGCUUCUCAGGGUCCCUCUUCUCUGGCUCAGCCAUGUCAGGUGUCUCUAACCAGCGGGAGCGUGGAGGGCUGCUCUCCCCCAGCACUUUUGGUACCUCUGAAUUCCUGGUGAACCCCUUGGAACCUCAAAAUGCAGACAAAAUCAGAGUGAAGAUAGCAGAUCUGGGAAACGCCUGCUGGGUGCACAAACAUUUCACGGAGGACAUUCAGACUCGCCAAUACCGGGCACUGGAGGUACUAAUUGGUGCCAUCUACAGCACUCCUGCUGAUAUCUGGAGCACAGCAUGCAUGGCAUUUGAGCUGGCUACUGGCGAUUACCUCUUUGAACCACACUCGGGCGAGGACUAUACCAGGGAUGAAGAUCAUAUUGCCCACAUUGUUGAGUUACUAGGCGAUAUCCCUCCGCACUUUGCUCUUUCCGGGCGCUAUUCGCGCGAGUACUUCAACAGGAGAGGAGAACUGCGCCACAUUAAGAAUCUCAAGCACUGGGGCCUGUACGAGGUCCUGGUGGAGAAAUAUGAGUGGCCCCUCGAGCAAGCAGCCCAGUUCACGGACUUCCUCUUGCCCAUGAUGGAAUACAUCCCAGAAGAACGCACUACAGCCUCCCAGUGCCUGGAACAUCCGUGGCUCAACUCUUAAGGCCAGGCAGAAGUCCAGAUGGACAGGUAGCUUGAAGGAAGCAGUCUUCUAGCCUGCACAAGAUUUCCCUGGCACGAACCUGGUCCUAUCACUGGAGUUGACGGGCAGGGGGAAAGGCUGUCUCCCCCAGCUCCUCCCCCCUAAGUGGACUGCAUUGCAGGACUGGAGGGAAGAGGCUUUUCUCUCUGGCUGAUCACAGUGGGGAAGAGGGAACUAAAGCAGGACUGGAACCCAGGAGCCAAGUUCACUCUGUGGUCAUUUCUGAAGCACAGCCAGAAGAUUCCCACAAUCCCUUGCUGACUCUUUUCCUAGAAGUUGCCUUCUUGGGAGGUCUCCAUGGCCACCAUCUCCAUGUACCCUUGACUGAUGCGGUUUGACUUUUAAAAAAAUCAUUGUGGUACUUCCUUGCCAGUUUCUCCCCCUCUCCCUGCUCCCCAUCGUUCCUAACUUGUGGGCAAAGAGAGUGGCUGUGAAGCUCCCAGCAUGUGUGGAUUUGCGAGAGGCUCAAUAUGUGAGCAGAGUGUGAAUGAUGAAAA